AUGACAUCUCAAGAGGAGGACAUUAAUGAUCUUCACUUAAGCCUUGAUGCUGGUGACAACUUGGAGACAGAGUCAGUAUGUCUUCUAAACGGAAACAACACGGCCAACCAUGUCACAGAUGUAUCCGACACUCUUUUCUUAAGUAGAAGGGGCUUAAAAGACAUAACAAAUUCUGUUCUGGAAAUGACUAAACUGAAGAAUUUGUAUCUGGAAGGAAAUGAGAUAAACUCCCUUCCAGAUACUCUGUUCAGAAGUCUACCCAAUUUGGUUUGGCUGGACCUACGGAACAACCAGCUCACCCAUCUUCCUCCAAACAUCGGCCAGCAUCGAAACUUGAGAACGCUGUUGCUUGAACGAAAUCCUAUCAGAGAGCUUCCGCCGGAGUUGGGUCAUUUGAUCUGUUUGAAAGCCCUGAGUCUCAGGCUUUGCCCCAUCUCCUUCCCACCACAGGAGGUUGUGGAACAGGGUCUUCCAUACAUCCUCCAGUUUCUUCGGAGCACUAUGGCUGAACGACCCCUCAGUGUGCGCACCUCUCACCCAGUCUCAGAGAUGCCCCCUGUGGAGAGGCUGCAGUUGUCAGAGCUGGAGAAGUCCAGUCUGGAUCUGUGUGAAGAGGCAUCAGACCGUGACCUGCGACGCUUUGAGGAGCUCAAACAGAAGAUGAUCCAGAUGGACAGAGCAGAUUUAGGAUAUAGCAUACUUACCCUCCCACUGCUAGAUUACCCCAGGACAGCAGAGGGCAACAGAUCCCACAAAAAACACCCUCCUCCCUCUCUUCAGCGGAAAAUAGUUUCAAUUAAAGAAGUAGUCCCAGAGCUCCCCCCUUUUGAUUGUCAGUAUUGGAAGAAAUCAGAGGAGAGAAAACUAGCUGCCAUGAAGGAGUUCAAGGAAAAGCAAGCCAUUCUCGAGCAAAGGCGGAAAGAUCAGGAGCUGUUGCAUGAAUGGAGGAAUCAAGCCAUGGUCCUGCAGAAGAGGAAAACUCUAGAGCGCAAGCAGGACAGGAGAGAGCGACAAAAGAGAGAGGAGUCUCUGAGAAAAAUCGAGUCUUGCUGCUCAGACUCCCCGCUGAGACUGGCCCAUUUGGAGACAGGAAAAGGGCUAGCUAGUGAGAGCACAGUGUGUAUGAGAUGCGCAGAGUCAAUCGUACUGCAACAGUCACACUCGACCAGGGACAAGGCACAAGCCCAAUGGGGAGUGAAGAACAUACCUUAUGCCACAGAGACAUCUUGUUCUGAUAAUAAGAGCAAAGUCCAGUCCAACACUUCACAGAGUGCUACUCAGGGUGUCUCACAGGAAUCAGAGACAGAGCAGAAACAGAGGUCGUUAAGGUCACGCAGGGAGGUGGAUGAGUCCAGAGCUGCCCGGGAUCGUGAGCUGGAGCAGCGUAUACAGGGUCAUGUCCAGAUGAUGCAGCAACGGCGCCGAAAAUCCAAAGGAACUGCUAGGGAGGAAACAGAAGCUGCCAAAAGGGAAAUGGAAGAGGUGAAAAAACUGCAGAGUGAGGUCACACAGAAAAAAUAUGGAAGAGACCUGGAGUAUCGCUUUACUGCUUUUACUGGGUAG